AUGGUUUGCUUCAGACGGUCUCUUGCCCUGGCGGCUCUAUUGUUGGCUCACGUUAUCGGCGCUCUUCCAGCAGUAAACCGUUUAGAUGUUGUCGAUCGGGCUCAAUCCCCGACCGCUCUCUGCGGAGACUAUGAUUAUAUCAUCCUUCAAAAUUCACCAUGGAUUGUCUACAACAUGUUGUACAAUGCGGCUCAGAUGGUCGGCAUGCAAUGCACAAGUUACGCUGGGGUCACUACGAGCGACGGUGGCACCAAGGAGGUUCUAUGGAGCAGCGUGACAGACAUCGAUUAUGUCGAGAGCACAAUCUCGAGACUAAACUGUCCCGCUAUUGACUCAAUCCCGGCAGUCUACAACUGGGCGCGUACCAAUACCACUUAUUUUAAGGGAAACGUUUGCUUCGAUUUUAUGACCAAUGACAUCAAAGGUGACUCGACUUCCUCUUCGUCACGCGAGCUCAUGCUGUGGCUGCAGUAUGAUGGCGGCCAACUGCCCAUCGGCUGGACCAAAGGACCGGCUGCAACCAUUGACAACCUCUUUGGGACCUCGUGGACGCUAUACGAGGAUAUCAACACCGACACCGGGAUAACGGUCAGCAGCCUUCUGCCUACCAAGCAGUUUGAGGGCUCUUUCUCUGGUGAUCUCAAGGACUGGCUACUCGCCAUGGCCAAUCUGGGCAGAUUUACUGAGUCGACAUACGUGAAUGUCGGCAAUGCUGGGACGGAGUUCUUCUACGGAAAUUCCGUGAUGAACGCGACGCUCGGCUUGCAGAUCAACCUUGCGUGA